CUACUUAAACCUUCCUCGUCCACCCAACUCCCACAACCACACCAUCCACCACCAAAAGCUCGGAGACUACAGUUCGGACCCCAACAAUUGACAUCGGGAAGAGAGUUUGUUUUUCCCCACGUUUCCUCUCCCUAUUCUUUCGACUCCAACUACGAGUUUGUUUUUCACAAUCUUUCCUCUCCCUAUUGUUUUGACUCCAGCUGCGGGUACGGCCCAUAGAUAUAUCUGUCACGUGGGCCUGAUAAGGCAGUUGUGGUGAGGAAGCCUCGCUGAAAAUAUCCAUGUAAUGGAUAUAUCUAUCGGCCGCACUCGUAUUAUUCUCAUUAUGGUGGUGUUUCUACCAAAACCUUUACUCUUGGAAGGGAAGGAAUUUCCUAUCGAGCUUUACUCUCAGUUGCCUAUUGAGCCACAUUUUAUUUAGCUCUAUCUCCAGUUCAAUUGAAUAAUGCGUUACAUUGCAUUCAUGAUUUUUAAACUAACGUGAUUGAUACAGGUAAUUUCGGGUAAAAUGACGUACCGACUGGACGAACAUGGGAGCUAUCCCUUCAUCUGCAUUCAGGACCUCGCACCUAAGACGAAUAGGGCCAUAGUCUCGCUACUUGAGGGAAAGAUUAAUUGACUCCCUGGGAGUCACAAAUUGCAUUGGCCAGGUCACCAUUGAGCAACCACGGCCAUCCUUUUAUGAGCCUAGUUUUUGAAGAUCAGAGGACAAGUUACGUGCUAAAAGGUCGUGAAACUCGGGAACGAACAAAGAGAUGAUGGGCUUGGGAGCUACAGUGCACCUGGAUACCCCCCAACACCGCCGAAUGUUUAUUUCGUACAGCCGAGCGGUACACCUAGACCAGCCCCUGUCCACCACAAUUUUCCGCAUCGGCAUGCCAUUGAGACUUCAAGUUCGCCUUAUCGCCGGAUGGAAAACGGUAUUACCCACGAUGCUUCCCAUCCUGUUGAGCCGACCCCAUCUACCAGAGAUCCUGAAUUGGUAUCCGUUGAUGAAUAUGUACGGAAAUUUCAAAACUGGCGGUUAGGUGGCGAGAGUUUUGGCUCUCCCGGGGGUGAGGAGGGAUUGGAGCUAAGAAUGCAAAUGCCUAAAUCUGAUUUUAUCGGAUUCAGCGAGAUUUUAGAUGUAGGCGAUGACGAAAAGUAGGACUCCCUCUUAACUCCACUUUAAAGUCAAUUACUAAGUAGUGUCAGGUUUCUGAAAGUUUUGUUUAAUGCGUUAACCUCCCUACUCAUCAUCCAACAUAUGCCAAUCCCGAUUCAUGAAAAGGUUAUCAGCACAGUCUUGGAAGGGUUCAAUCUAGCAAGAAGUAGCCUGCCCAUACCACUUCAUCAGAGCAUCGCCAUCGUCUACAAUCAAAAAUUCCUCUCCUUUAAACAUGGUUACAACGGGUCCCGAAAAGUACCCGAUACCAUGGUUCAGGUGGAUAAUGCAACAGGGACUCUGGAGAUAAAGUUCCUAUGGGAAGUUGGUUAUGCUGAGACGUAUGACGAUCUGGUUUGGGAUGCCAGAAUGUGGUUGGAGGGAACAGACACUGUGUCCGUGGUGAUGCUAGUAAAAAUGAAUGAGGAUCCUGCUUACCAAAAUCCAACCCCACGACUUACCGAUGAUGAGUUUGACAACCAAGAAUUUCCUCCAUCUGAAGAAGUUUCCCAGGAACAUUUCUCCCUUGAUGAGGUCCAUGGACCUACUUGUUAUAAAGGUCUACGUUGGGUAGGUAAAAUUACCGGUUCGACCGAAAUCUGGAAACGUGAUCCCACCUCUCACUUGGCAAUUUGCACGUUCGGCCGCAAGGUAAGUGACUCCUCAAGACUGGUAAACGUGAUGUUUCUGAUAUAGCUAACUUGCAUAGAACCACUUAAACGCAGACAAUACGACCUAUAUUCUCUUUCACCUCUCCGAUGUUAUGGAUGUCUCCUUUGAAGAGAACCAUCAUGUUCGUUUUGACUUAGGGCUCUUCCACAGAAAACUAGGAGCCUAUAUCAGAGAGUUGGCGGUGGAACAGUGUGGUGCGGCGCUCGAAGCUCGUGAAGGAAGAGCGAAUGUGCUGGACCGCGAUUUCCAACCCUCCCCUGCUGCUGGCUUCACAUAGCGGACAAUGCCUGUAAUAUAGAUAAAUAGUGGUGGUCACGCCUUUUUCUCUGCUCCUUUUUCUUUUUUCUUCUCCCUUGUACAAUAGAUAAACAUUCACUGCCUUUUUUUCCCCAAACGGAAAGAAAGCGGUGUAUGAUAG